AUGGAGGGUCACCACUCGGCAAGGGUAUCUUGGGUUGAAAUCACACGCUCCGAAGAAGAAGGAGGAUUGGGGGUCCGUGAUUUGGUCAGUUGGAAUAAGGCAUCCUCGAUCAAAAUGAUCUGGAUGCUUUUCUUCACCUCAGGUUCCAUAUGGGUGGCUUGGUUCGUCGAUAACAUUCUCUCGGGCAGUUUAUCUAACUUCUGGACAAUCAAAGAAAACAACAACCAUUCUUGGUUAGUGAAGCGACUGCUCAGGUUACGGCAUAUAUUAUAUCCUUGGUUGAGAAUGGCAAUAGGGAAUGGACGAACCAGCAGAUUCUGGAGUGACAAUUGGAGCGAUUUUGGAUGUAUAUCAGAUUACUUGAACCUCCCUCCUACUUCUCGUCUGGGCAUAUCUCGAACAUCAACACUCUCUAGCCUCAAUACCAAUGGCAACUGGAUCCUCCCACCAGCUAGAUCAGAGGAACAAUUACUUCUUCAGGUAUACAUCUCUACACUUACUCUCACUGAGGAGGAGGACAGAUAUGAGUGGGUAGUUAAUGGCUCCAAAAACACCACUUUCUCUACCUCAACAGUAUACAACGAACUGAAGCAGCAUAACACCAUUGUUCCAUGGAGUAAGACGGUCUGGUGCUCAAGAAACACUCCUAAGCAUGCCUUCCUCGCAUGGUUAUUUGUACUCAACCGGUGCCUAACUAGAGACAGGCUCCUGUCUUGCGGUUUAAACACGCCGCCAACAUGCUUGCUAUGCAACUCGGGAACUGAAAGUAGAAGCCACCUCUUCUUCCAAUGCCCAUUCCCCUGGCAGAUUUGGAACCGACUUGGCACUCGGUGUGGCCUCAUCCCUUCUCAAAACUGGGACCAAACACUCAUCGACCUUCGAUCUAAUCCGGGACCGCGACAUACAAAACUGCUUUGUCUCUUCGUCUGGCAAAUCGUGAUCUACUCACUGUAG